UAAGAAAGAAAAAGGUUCAGACUUCAGUAGACAAUAUUUACAAAUGUUGGAAUAGUUUUACCAAAAAACAUGAUUUUUGAAGAUCCGAGAUUAUUUUCUUGAAAAAUGUCUUUCCCGAAAGUAGAAGGAUAUGUUUUUACCGAGAAGCUGGGUUCAGGCAGCUAUUCAACUGUAUACAAAGCUUACACAAAGAUAGGUGCCCGUACAAUUGUAGCUAUAAAAUGUAUAGACAAGUCAAGUGUGAAGCAUUCUGGAGUAGCGGUGGAUAAUCUUAUCACAGAAAUAAGAUUAAUGAAGUCCUUAUCCCACCCUCACAUUGUUCAUAUGAAAGAGUUCACUUGGGAUACUAAAAACAUUUAUAUAAUAAUGGAAUACUGCUGUGGUGGAGAUCUAUCUAAAUAUAUUCAAAGAUAUGGCAGAGUUCCUGAAAAACAGGUUUUAUAUUUCCUUCAACAACUAGCAUCAGCGUUGAAGUUCCUUAGAGAAAAAGGUGUGGCUCACAUGGAUCUGAAACCACAUAACUUGCUGUUACAUAAGCGUUCUGAUGGGAAAUAUUUGUUGAAAGUUGGUGAUUUUGGUUUUGCCCAACACCUUACUUCAGAGCGCAUGCGCUGUAUUCGCGGCUCGCCCUUAUACAUGGCCCCUGAGAUGAUAGCGGGAGAAUAUGACGCAAGAGUCGAUUUAUGGAGUACUGGUGUGAUCAUGUAUGAAUGUUUGUUUGGUCGCGCGCCCUACGCGUCAAAUACUCUACAGGAGCUUAUGAAAAAAAUACAAAGAAAGGAUCCCAUACAGAUUCCACCGAAUUCCUCAAUAUCUCCCGGUUGUUGUGAUCUCUUAAUUCGUUUGUUACAACACGACCCGAACAGACGUAUUUCGUAUGAAGAGUUCUUUAAUCAUGAGUACUUGGACCUGGAGCACAUGCCCAGCAAAGAGAAUUAUGAUAAGGCAGUGUGCCUGAUAAAGCAAGCCAUUGAGUUGGACUGCGCUGGAUCGCUGGAGCCAGCGCUGCGCUGCUACAGCGAGGGGCUCCAGUACUUGGUUCCUGUCGUGCACGUGGAGACGGACACUAUGAGACGCACUGCCCUCACUGCUAAACUCACCAGAUAUAUGGAACGCGCGGAAGAAAUAAUGCGAUAUGUCAAAUCACAACAGCAAAUGCCGAUAGUGUCAAGGGGCGAAGCCCUGCCUCCUGUGAUAGGGGGAAGCUCCUGUUGCGUAGGUGCUGCGUCGGGGAAUACAUAUGACUUUAAUAGUGUUGAUGGCGCAACAAGUUCUAACCUGGAAAAUGGAGUGCAGGAGAGUGAUAAAUGUCAAAAUGAGCCGAUUUCGCAAGAUAAGAAAAUAAAAACGGAAAAGUCUCGCUUUGCGCGAUUUUUCGGUAGACCAGUGCCUUACUUAGAUAGAGAGAAUAGUACCGACGAUACUAAAAAGACAGACAAGAUUGAAGACAAUGCAGAUAUGUGCAAGAUAACAUAGAUAACAUUCGUAAUUGCUACGGAUCGUAAUCCACAGUAUCUAUAAAUACGGCCAAUUUAAUCUGCAGUAUAAAAAACCGAAUAUGUGAUUGCCCUGAGUAGCGCAAUAUUUAUAGAUAAUUAUUUGAAUUUGGAAUAUAAAUAUUACAAUGUUGAACGAGCCAAAGAGUUUGAUAUGAAAAUGUUGCUGGCCGUCAAUCGACAAAAAAAAAAGUUUAUGUAAAAAUAAAAACGCGCGAAACA